AGAUUCCGUCGCCAGGUGGGCUCAAUUUCAGGAUUCGUCCUUUGCCCAUCCCGUGGCCCGUCAUCGGCAGCGCAUGAGUCUCGCGACGAUUAAGGAUGGCGCGACGAUUCAUGGCCCUCACACUUCCCAUGUUCUUUUUUCAUGGUCGGAUCCAUAUAUCUGAAGCAUUGCUGCUGCCAUCUCCACCGACCUCUGUCGAACCACAUCUGCACGACAAGUUGAGACAGGCAGGUUUCAGAAGACAAGAUACUGCUGAGGAGCCCGAUCCGCAUCAGCGCCGCGUGGACGAACGUUUUCGACAGAGCGUCAGGUGGACGACGGUCGACGUCAAGGAGGGUAUUUUUUCCGAUAGUGUGGUGUACAGAUUGGGCAAUGGCCGCUUGGAGGCUCGCCCCCCCAUCACAUUGCCGAGAGCUGAGCUGCGAGUCGUUGUGUCAAUGAACAUGCCUCGAGUUGAACAUUACACCUUGCUGGAGGAGCUUUCGAGUAUGAGUCCGCAGGUCCAUGUUGUUAUUCACUGUGCCGCGUGGGACAACACAUUCGCCACUACGUACAGAGAUGCCGGUUGGACCGUAGUGAUUGAGUCACCGCAAUCAUCGUAUUCGCAAUAUUUCAGAGGCACCGAAAACGUCAAGUAUCUGACGCAUAUCGCUCUCUUCUGGAAUCAGCUUGCGCCACUCAAUGCCUUCAUAGUUGAUGAUGCGCAAGAUGGAGCUCCCCCGAACAACGAGCCGCACAUGAUGCAUCCAGAGUACAGGUCGCUCUCGCGUACGCUUCACAACAUGAUGACAGCAAGCAGCCGCCCCAAUUUCAUGUACGUUUUGGAUCGAAGGCGCUGGUGGGAAAAUCUAUCAAUGCACCCGAGUCCGCCACAGCAGGUUCAACUUGACAUACGUUGUGCUUACGACGAGAUGUCCAAUCCAAGACGCGAAGACGACACUUGGGAGUAUUGGCUGAAGAACACUCUUCUUCGCGAAAGGCGGGGGCACAUACCCCGUGUCAUCUCACCUCAAAGCUGUGCCAGUUUUGUUGUCUCUGCUGCGCGAUUGCGCGAGGUGAUGCCGUCAGGAGAUGCGUUCGGGCGGAUAUUGGAGAGGUCUCAGCAAACGAGCUGCCGCGACGCUGGCGCCAGAUUCGAAGUUACAUGGCCGUGGUUAUUCAGCACUUGCGACGCUGACCGGUUCUUCACUAGCGCAUGCGCAGUGGACAGAGGUUCUUGUGAGAUGUUGGGUGGUCCUGUGGAGUUUCCCGCCAAUGCCUCUGAGUACAUUAAGUGCGAUUAGAAUAGUGUACAGUCGGGGCACUGAAGAAGGAACCCUUUUCGUUGGGGAGGGGCUCGGUGUUCUUUGAUUGAAUUACAGCUUGCCUUAGGUGUUCCUGAGGUUUUUCAUGGGAAAUCGAAGUCUACCUUAUGGGAAGAGGUGCCUCGUUCAUUAUGAAGGGUUCCUUAGUUCAACGCUUCGACGGUAUUCGGUCGGACUGACCUCCAUUCUGCACCGUUGUCCCGAGUCGUCGUCGAGCCCAGGCUCCAGCGGCCAGUAGAUCCAUACAGAAACCAAUACCAGUACCGAUCGGUCGUUGAAAGUAGGUACUUUUGGAUUCCCAGAUUCCACUCUACCUUCAGCGCCUUCCUACUUCAAUGAUCGAGUGGCUUCACCUUCUCCGUCCUCCAAGGAGGGCGGACAGGACACGCUCUUCUUUCAGCGCCUCUCUGCUUCAUGUUUCUACCUACCUCCGACCGACGGGUCCUCCAUCA